AUGACCCUGACCAGGCAAAAGCUUCCCUGGAUGCUCCCACAGACCCUGCGCUGUCUUUAAAAGGCACACGGAGCAGCCAGAGCUGCAGAGAGCUGAGACAAACUCAGGAACCAGCAGCUGUCAGGCUGACGCUGGAGACCUCGCCCCCCGACAUGAAGGUCUCUGCAGUGCUCCUGUGUCUGCUGUUCACAGCCGCCCUCUGCAGCAUCCAGGUGUUGGCUCAGCCAGCUUCUAUUCCAACCAUCUGCUGCUUUAAAGUGACUGGAAAGAAGAUCUCCAUUCAGCGACUGCAAAGCUACAGUAAAAUCACCAGCAGCAAAUGUCCUCAGAAAGCUGUGAUAUUCAACACCAAACAGAACAAGAAAAUCUGUGCUGAUCCCCAGGAGAAGUGGGUCCAGAAUGCCAUGGAGUACCUGAACCAAAAAUCCCAAACUUUAAAGUCAUAAAUAUUCACC